GUCUGCCGCGGCGGCGGGGCCCUGAGACAAGCUAAUCGCCAUAAGAGUCUCCAUCAGGUCACCAUAUAUCCCGCUCGGCCUCGGAAGGGGUAGCCAACCCCGACCUCGAGGCCAGAGAGAGGGGAAGGAGAUGAGGAGGCCUGGACCCAGCAGUUCGUGCCGCCAUGGCUCUGCUGCGCUCCCGACGUUGCUGCUGCUGCUGCUUCUUCUAGCUGCAUCUGCGCAAGCUCAGCAAGCGAGGACAAGGACCGAUCCGGUUGAAGAUGUCCAAACGAGCGGUCCAGUAGGGUCCGGCACGAGCCUGGCAAGGCACGGUAAUUUUCUUCCAAGAAUCAUCUGCCCGGCAAGGCAAGCGGAUGCGCUGAAGGGGGUGUUUGACAAACUCGGGAGCAGACUGUGGCCAUCUUGGUUCAGCGGCGUCGACCCUUGCGCCGGCGCGGCCACGGACGACACCGACGUCGACAAUGACCCAAAAAUGAACCCGGGAAUCAAAUGCGACUGCACGUACCAGAACAACACCGUCUGCCACAUCACCAGGCUGAAAAUGUACGCAUUGAAUCUGGCAGGUCCUAUACCAGAAGAGCUGAGGAACCUCACGCACUUGACCAGUUUGAACUUAAUGCAAAAUUACUUAACAGGGCCUAUACCAUCGUUCCUUGGGGAACUGACUGCUUUGCAAUACUUGAGUCUUGCAAUGAAUGCAUUAUCUGGAUCUGUUCCAAAGGAGCUUGGGAAGCUUGUGAAUCUCAUAGCGCUGGGCAUAAGCAUAAACAACUUAAAUGGAUCCCUUCCUCCCGAACUGGGUAACAUGGUUAAACUUGAGCAACUAUAUAUUGACAGCUCUGGCUUAAGUGGUCCACUACCACCAUCAUUUUCUAAGCUUACAAGCCUGAAAACAUUGUGGGCAUCAGAUAAUGAUUUUACUGGGCAAAUACCAGAUUACAUUGGGAGCCUCAGUAAUUUAUCAGAUCUACGGUUUCAAGGCAAUUCAUUUCAAGGUCCACUUCCAACCACUCUUUCUAAUCUUGUCCAACUGACAAGCUUACGAAUAGGUGACAUAGUAAAUGGAAGUUCUUCACUGGCAUUCAUCAGUAACAUGACAUCUUUAAACACCUUAGUUUUGAGGAACUGCAGGAUAUCUGAUAACCUGGCAUCAGUAAACUUUUCACAGUUUGCAAAAUUAAGCCUACUGGAUUUGAGUUUUAACAAUAUCACUGGCCAAGUACCACAAGCUCUGCUGAAUCUGAAUAUACUCAGCUUCUUGUUUCUCGGGAAUAAUAGUCUUUCAGGAAGCCUUCCAAGUUCUAUAGGAACUUCUCUUAAAAACUUAGACUUUUCCUACAACCAGCUAUCAGGAAACUUUCCCUCCUGGGUUAGUCCGAAUUUGACAUUGAAUUUGGUGGCAAACAAUUUCGUGGUCAGCAACUCCAAUAACAGUGUCUUAUUACCUUCGGGGCUGGAGUGCCUUCAGCGAGACACACCCUGCUUUCUUGGCUCUCCACAAACUACCUCCUUUGCUGUGGACUGCGGGAGCAGUAGUUCAAUGUCAGGAUCAGAUGGUUCCGUGUAUCUGCCUGAUGAUGCCAAUCUUGGACCUGCAUCCUAUUAUGUUACAGGAGCACCAACAUGGGGUGUUAGCAAUGUUGGGAGGUUCAUGGAGGCAUUUGAAAGAGAUUACAUAAUACAAAGCUCAAAUGCAAGUUACACAGUAUACACCUCAACACGCCUGUUUCGGAAUACCCCAGAUUCAGAACUGUUCCAGAGAGCAAGGAUGUCGCCUUCGUCUUUAAGAUACUUUGGCAUUGGACUUGAGAACGGAAACUAUGUAGUAACGCUUCAAUUUGCAGAGAUUAGCUUUGAGGACUCACGGACUUGGCAAAGUUUAGGUAAAAGAGUUUUUGAUAUCUAUAUACAGGGUGAGCGGAAGGAGCAGAACUUUGACAUAAGAAAGGAAGCAAGAGGAUCUUACGCUGCUGUCCAGAAGCAAUAUAUUAUUCCUGUCACUAGAAACUUCCUUGAAAUUCAUCUGUUCUGGGCUGGCAAGGGCACUUGUUGCAUCCCUACUCAAGGCCACUACGGGCCUUUAAUCUCAGCUUUGAGUGUAACUCCAGCACCUAAUGCUGCUCGGAAGAGAAGUAAGAAUAAAACAGGUGCAAUUGUUGGAGCUGCGGUUGGUGCAGUAGUUGUAGGACUAAUAGUGCUCACUGGACUGUAUGUCCGGAGGCAGAAAAGUAGAAAACUGUCUUUGGAGCAACAAGACCUGUACAAUACUGUUGGAAGACCUAAUUUAUUCACUUACAGUUAUGGUGAACUAAAGACCGCUAGUGAAAAUUUUAAUUCCAGUAACUUUCUCGGCGAAGGAGGGUAUGGGUCAGUUUAUAAGGGUAAAUUAUCCGAUGGAAGUGUAGUGGCAGUAAAACUACUAUCUGAAACAUCCCGUCAGGGGAAGAAGCAAUUCAUAACAGAAAUAGAAACUAUUUCUCAAGUGCAACACCGUAAUCUCGUGAAGUUGUAUGGUUGCUGCCUUGAAGGCAAUAACCCAUUGUUGGUUUACGAGUAUCUAGACAACGGAAGCCUUGAUAAAGCAUUGUUCGGAAAUGGGAGAUUGAACCUGGACUGGCCAACACGCUUUGAGAUAUGUUUGGGCAUUGCAAGAGGCCUGGCUUACCUCCAUGAAGAGUCUAGCAUCCGUGUUGUGCAUAGGGAUAUAAAGGCUAGUAAUGUCUUACUUGAUGCCAAUCUUAAUUCUAAGAUAUCUGAUUUUGGUCUCGCCAAACUUUAUGAUGACAAGAACACGCAUAUCAGCACAAAAGUUGCUGGUACAUUUGGAUAUCUUGCACCUGAGUACGCCAUGAGAGGUCAUAUGAGUGAGAAAGUUGAUGUGUUUGCUUUUGGUGUGGUCAUAUUGGAGACUAUAGCUGGAAGGCCAAACUAUGAUGGUAGGCUUGGUGAAGACAAAGCAUAUCUUUUAGAAUGGGUAUUAUUGUUGUGGACGCUUUUGUGGGCUGAACCUACAGGCGGCGCAGCAAGCCGGCGCCAGCAACAGCUCCGGCAUGUUAGGCGCCUGAUUUGUUGGAUAAGAUGGCAGGAGGUCUGGCAACUUUACGAGGACGACCAUCCUCUGGACGUCACAGACCCUAGGCUCACAGAAUUCAACAGCGAAGAGGUGCUCCGUGCCAUCCGCGUUGGCCUCCUCUGCAUCCAAAGCUCACCUCGGCAGCGCCCGCCCAUGUCGAGGGUGGUGUCGAUGCUCGUCGGGGACAUUGAGGUGCCCGAGGCGGUUACUAAGCCCAGUUACGUCAUCGAGUGGCAGAGCAACGCCAUGGGGACGUCGAGCUCGGAGCCGGGGGCGGAGGCCAUGUCCCUGAGCUCCGUCAUCGAUGAAGGCCGGUGAUUGAUGACCAUCGCCCAUCGGCAAGUUAAGAUCAACUUCUGCCAAGACCAAGAUUGUUUCUUGGAAAUUCACUUGGAAAAAUUUCGAUUCGGAUGUGUACAAGAAUUGCCAAUUCGCUCGAAAAAAGGCUGUAAAUUGCAAUUGGCUGGACCACACAGCUUCAUAUCACCGAACGUGCUUUGUGUCAUGAGUGACCAGGCCUUGGGCCUUGUAAUAGGCCCAGCCCUUGUAAUAUCCGCCUGUACGGUUCACAAAAAUAUCUCUUUUUUUUUGCGCUC